AUACGAACACGGUUGGAAAAAAAUAAAUUCUUUCUCCGACACCAAACUUCUCUUUUCGAAGUCUUUUUCCAUCUCUUCUUCUUCAAGAACUAGGAUCUAUAUAUAGAUAGAAAAAUAAAUCAAGACCAGUUCGAUUUGCUGAAAGGAAAGAAUAAAAUAGAUCGAACAAGCGAGACAACUCUCCGCAGUUUUUUCCGUUCCCAAAUCUUCUCCGAGAUCUCCUGAGUCGAGGCAGAUGGCCGGAGCUCCGGCGAUGGAUUUUCCGGCUGUUCUUACACACGGCGGCCGUUUUCUUCAGUACAACAUAUUUGGAAAUCUCUUCGAGAUCUCAGCCAAGUACCGCCCGCCCAUUAUGCCCAUCGGAAGAGGGGCUUAUGGGAUCGUUUGCUCGGUGAUGAAUUCCGAGAACGGAGAGAUGGUUGCUAUUAAGAAGAUUGCGAAUGCUUUUGACAAUCAUAUGGAUUCCAAGCGAACGUUAAGGGAAAUUAAGCUUCUGAAGCAUUUGGAUCAUGAAAAUGUGAUAGGAAUACGAGAUGUUAUUCCACCGCCAAUUCGGGAUGCAUUCAAUGAUGUUUAUAUUGCAACAGAACUUAUGGAUACAGACCUUCAUCAGAUUAUUCGUUCAAAUCAAGAAUUAUCUGAAGAACAUUGCCAAUAUUUUUUGUAUCAGAUCCUUCGUGGAUUGAAAUACAUUCAUUCUGCCAAUGUCAUCCAUAGAGAUUUAAAGCCAAGCAAUCUCUUGGUGAAUGCAAACUGUGAUCUUAAAAUAUGCGAUUUUGGUCUUGCACGCCCCACUUCGGAAAAUGAUAUGAUGACAGAGUACGUUGUCACAAGAUGGUACAGAGCGCCAGAAUUGCUUCUCAACUCCACCGACUAUACCGCUGCCAUUGACAUUUGGUCAGUCGGCUGCAUUUUCAUGGAGCUGAUGAACCGGAGGACGCUUUUCCCAGGACGAGAUCACAUGCACCAAAUGCGCCUUAUAACCGAGCUUAUUGGUACUCCUAAUGAUGCUGAGCUUGGAUUUGUUCGAAAUGAAGAUGCAAAAACAUAUAUUAGACAUCUCCCUGUCCUCCCUCGACAAUCAUUUACUGCUCUAUAUCCCCAUAUCAGUCCAGCCGCCAUUGAUCUUGUGGAACGUAUGUUAACAUUCGAUCCCUCAAGAAGACUCACAGUUGAUGAAGCUCUUGCACAUCCAUACUUGGAAAGAUUACAUGAUGUUGAUGAUGAACCUGUUUGCAUGGAACCUUUCUCCUUUGAUUUCGAACAGCAGGCAUUGACUGAAGAACACAUGAAACAGUUAAUUUACAUUGAAGCUUUGUCAUUUAAUCCAAUGUUUGGCCACUAGUCAAGUUAAAUUCAUUGAUGGUGUUUCUUGCAUCAAUACGCAGCUUGUGUUUUUAAUAUAAUAAGAUGUACACAAUAAUUUAAGGUGUAGAGAGAAUAGCAAUUUGUUUAGGCAGAUGGUCUGCCAUUUCCCUGGCCUAUAUGAGGUGGCCUAUGCUUUUUUGUUUUUCGUUUUUAUUUUUUUUUAAAUGUGUGUCAAAUGAUCAUUGCUUUGCUAUGCUGUAUCCUAGAAUAUUGAUCAGUUGAUAUUGUCUAUUAUUCUGCUUAAGAGCAUGCACUUGAGAUACUACAAA